CGAACUCAUUCAUCAACACCUCUGAUUGACCGAACGACCAUGACGAGGAGUCUAUUAUAGGUCUAGAACCAUAUCAAUGCAACAGAGCAAAUCUCGUUGCUUCCAGCUGCUUUACCAUGGACGUUCGACGCGUGAUUGUGGAGCGCCAGGUAUUGGAUACGACCAAAUUCAAUUACUCCAUCCACCGCCACCAGUCCUGCUCAUUGACCAUGCGCGCCAACGAACGCCGCGCGUACGCGUCGCCAUCCCCGGUCAACGCUCAUGUGCUCGACCACCUUCGCGCACUGACGGUUUCCAGCGGCCUCAGCUUUCCGUGGUUGCACCCCAUCUUCGCCAGCAGAACCGCCGCGUCCUUGCUCGUUGACAUCCGGUCCAAGGUUCUACCUGUUACUUUCAGUCUCAUCAUCAUGCAGAAGACUCUCGCCUUCCUCGCCCUCGUCUCUGCGGCCGUCGCCAUCCCCACUAGCGCCGAGCGCUUUGCUGCUCGCGUCGCCCGUCCGAGGACCGCUCGUCCAACCUCAUGCAAAAUGUCACGACGAGCAGCGUCACGCACGAGACUUACACGAGCAACUGGGCCGGUGCCGUCUGGUCCGAGGGGCACCUACACCGCUGUGACUGGUACCUUCACAGUCCCUACCCCGACCGGUAACGACGGUUCUGCGUCUGCCUGGGUCGGCAUUGACGGCUCCUCCUGUGGAAACGCGAUCCUCCAGACCGGUGUUGACUUCAACAUCGCGAGCGGCCAGGUCUCCUACGAUGCCUGGUACGAGUGGUACCCCGCUGCGUCCGCCGACUUCUCCAACAUCUCCAUCAACUCCGGAGACGUCAUCACUGUGACCGUGACCGCGACCUCGACCACCGCUGGCACGGCCGUGAUCGAGAACACGACCAACGGUCAGUCAGUCACGCAGCAGCUCACGUCCUCGUCCGCGCUGUGCGAGCAGGACGCGGAGUGGAUCGUCGAGGACUUCAGCGUCAACGGCGGCCUCGUUGCGUUCGCCAACUUCGGCUCGGUCACGUUCACCGGCGCCACGGCGACGACCGGAAGCGGCACGGUCACGCCCAACGGCGCGACCAUCUACGAUAUCCAGCAGAACGGCCAGACGCUCACGACGACGACGAUCAACGGUAAUGAUGUCACUGUCGCGUACACGUAAACUGUUAAGUGGGUACUUUAUUGGUGGUACAUAUUUAAGAGGGCUGUGGAUUAUAUCAUUGGAUUUCACGUAUCGGGUGUACAGUAUAUAUUGUUCAUGACAUUUAAGAUUCAAAAUAAACGUAUUUCUACUGGCCUACGUGACAGAUGCUUCGUUGAAUAAGAGCUCAAUGCCUGCAUCUUCGACCAUAAACCACUGAGCAAAGUCCGUGAAAGACGUUUUGCUAAAUUUGUCAAACGUUAUCUGGUGUAGCGGAUACCCGCGUGUCCGCCUCUCGAUGAUGCACUGAAAGAGCUCUUCAUGACCUGAAGUCGGGUAGGAAUCACCGCCAUAGACGUGGUCUUCGUAUAGCUCUGAACCGGGGUCGGGGUGAGUGAACACGAGUAUCUGGAGUGCCGGUGCUGGAAUGUCUUCUCCAGGUAUGCACGAAAGAAGGUCUGCUACGUGCCCGAAGUUCAAGGGAGAUAUGAUAAGACGUCGUAGUGAGCUGGCGUUCAUGAGGAUUGGCCGUAGAUUGAACUUUGGCAGCGACUCUGUGGAGAUGUUGAGGGAAGUGAGAAGACGGAUGGGCAGGAGGGUGAAGAGUUCGUCGAAUAUGUUGUUGAUGUCGCCCUUGGCAAAGCUGGCUUCUAAGUAAAGUUCUCGGCUCUUGUGCACCUCCAUGUUGGUGCUUGUGUUCACUGCUUGUUCGGGGACAUGUACACGAACUCCGUAUAGCCAUUCAAGAACGGUGACGAGUGAAACGUCGUAGUGAAAGGUGACCGAUGAGGGAGUCGUACAUCCAAGCCAGUCCUUGACGUACCCAAGUAGCUCCCGGGAAGUAUGAUUUUCCGGCCCGUAACACUGGAGAUGAAGGUACGCCAGGGGCCGAGCAACCUGGAUAUCCUUGUAUAACCC